AUGCCGGCAGCAGCUUUGGAGACCGACUCGGCUUCCGACGAUGAGAAUCUGGAAAUACCCCUCUCAAGAGACGAGCAGCGGGCAAGAUGGGAGUCGGUGCAGAAGGAGCAUGAAGCGAAAGAGCACAGGGUCGGAGACGUCUGGUAUGUCAUCAGUCAGCGGUGGAUGGACACCUUCAACGGGUACAUGAACGGGAUGGUGGAUGAUGCUCCUACCGAGAUCAUGAACUACGACAUAUUGUUGGACGGUGUCUCGCGCGAAGGCAAGAAUUCUUGGAGGCAUUCAGAGGAUAUGGAGCAGGAAUACCAGAAGCGCAAUUCAACCUGCUCAAGGUACAGACUUGAAUGGCUGGUGUUGGCCGUGACAGUGAUCUUCAAGUCGUGGUUCGGGGGUUCGCAUUGGAUAAAACGACAGCUUGUCUUGAAGGACAAUGUUGUCGAGGUGGAAGCAUACCCCAUCCAGCUCUGGGUGGAGAGACGCCGAGGCGACAGUUGUGAAGUUCAUGCGUUACUGAUCAGCUGCAACUCGACCAUCGCAAGGCUGCAGGAAACUGUCGGAAUGGUCCUCAAGAUGAGUGGCAGACCGGAAGUGGAGGUCAGAAAGAGAGACGGGUCGGUUGUCCAUCUUCCCAAAGAAACUCACGUAAAGCUUCAAGACCUCAACGUCUCCGACUUCGACACGCUCUUUGUCAAGGAGUUUGACGACGACGACGACGACGACGACGACGACGACAUUACCAUGGGCAACUCGAUCUCGACUACCCAAGAAGGAAUCAGGUCAUCCGAGCUGCUGGAUACCAGUCUUACUCCUCAAGACGCUGCGGGCUACAUCUAUGGGCCCUCGCCUCGCCCUUGCUCUCCUCCUGUCUCUGCCUUCUGCACAGAGCUCAGCGCCGCUGAGGGAGACGAGCCGAUGGGCAGUGAGCGGGAGCAUGACGCGACUCCUCAAGACCGUCCUGCCAUCCUGCCAGGAAGAGGUCUCGUUGGCCUGUCGAACCUAGGGAACACCUGCUUCAUGAACUCGGCCCUGCAAUGUCUAUCCAACACAGCAGCUCUCACCAACUACUUCCUUGGACCCACCUGGAAGGAUGAUCUCAACCCAACCAACCCCCUUGGCAACGGCGGGGCCAUCGCGGAGGCGUACGCGAGUCUCGUCGAGCAGAUGUGGUCGGCUUCGAGCACCAUGGCAGUGAGUCCCCGGCACGUGAAGCAAGUCAUCGGAAGGUGCGCCCCUCAGUUUGCGGGGUUCCUCCAGCACGACUCGCAGGAGCUGCUGGGCUUCCUGCUGGACGCGCUGCAUGAGGAUUUGAAUCGAAUCCGAUCGAAGCCUCUGAUCGAGAUGCCGACCGGCGAUGGCACCAACGACAGGGAGGUAUCGGAGCUGUACCGCUCCGAGCUCGAGUGCCCCUGUGGCAACGUCUCCGUCUCCUUUGACCCCUACAACUGCGUCACGCUGGAGCUGCCGCAGGCAGGGGUGACCGACUUCGUGCUCACGCUUAUGGCGCACCAUCUCAACAACGCGGAGAAGCCGAUCAAGGUCUCUUUCUCGCUUCCUCGUUCUGCCGUCAUCUCGGACCUCAAACGCGAAGUCGCGAGUUUCAUGUACACGACCUCGAGCAUCGUCAACGUCAAGGUUUUACUGAGAAAGUCAAAGAAGCUAAUGUCCUUCACCCCCAUGUUUCCCUCCCGUGUCGACACCACCGUCUUUGGGAUCCCCUUCUUUCUCUCCGUCUCACCUCAGCAUGAAGGCGUCGUUUCUCUCCGGCACAAGGUUUACCGGGCGAUCUGGCGCUACUUCAAGUCGGACCUCAUGGAGCAAGUGAAGGAGCUCGACAGGAGGGGGGACGUCAGCCUGGGCGACUGGGAGGAGAAGAUCCCCGACUUGCAGCAAGCGAUCGUAAUGAGGAGGGUGCGGACGUACUACGAUGAGGGACAAGAAAUCCUCGACGACCACGACAUGGGGUUGUUGGAGGACGGCUGUCUCAUAAGCAUCGACUGGACGGAGGAGGGAGUUGAGAAAGUGCUGAAUGCGACUGAGACAGAAGAGGUUGAAGUGCAUGAGUCAGUUGAUAACCUUGUGAGCUCCAAGGAGAACAAGAGUGGCAAACAGAUCACGUUGCAGGACUGUCUCACCAAGUUCACCUCCACCGAGACUCUCUCGGAGCAUGACAUGUGGUACUGCUCACGUUGCAAGGAGGCGCGAAGGGCAAGAAAAACAAUGUCGUUAUGGAGUGUUCCAAACUUCGUCAUCUUCCACCUCAAGAGAUUCUCCGAGGACGAGAGCUAUGGGGGAAGGGAGAAGAUAGAGACCUGCGUGCAGUUCCCCCUCGAAGAUCUCGAUCUCUCCCCCUACGUCCGCAGCUUGCAGAGGCCAGGGGAUGCUGAGGACAACCCUUACCUCUACGACCUCUAUGCAGUGAUCAACCAUUAUGGGGAUGCGGGCUUCGGACACUACACGGCGUUCGCUCUCUCCCCGGGCAACGACCAGUGGUAUCUCUUCGAUGACUCCCGAGUGACCAAGGCAGCCAAGGAGUCAGUCUGCAGUCAGGCCGCCUACGUUCUCUUCUACCGACUACGCGAACCCUAUGAGGCGCUCGAGUGA